AUGGCAACUGCUCCUAUAAGGCACUUCAUCUUCCCCUCUUCAAGGGAUGUGGAAUUGUUCACCGAUCUUACUUGCCAAUCUCACGGGUUUUACAAUCCACCUUAUUGGGGCCCAACGUCCUCGUUUACACACUUCCAGUCAAGGUCUAGCUUUGAUACCAAAUUGCCACAGCCCACUCCCACUAGCAAGAAAUUAGGUCUAGGCCCUCAUGGUUUUGUUUUUGGGCCUAAGCUUAUGUUAUAUUGCCCAAAACGCAUCUUACUAGGUGAGAUGACAACUACUCUUAUAAGGCAUUUCACUUUUCCAUCCCCAAACGAUGUGGGAUUAUUCACUGAUCUUGCUUCCUAA